AUUUACGGUAGUGUCAUUUCUAGGAUCGUAUGUUUCACAUAAUCCAUUUCUGAGGAUUUUUUGAACAGGGGUUAACGCCGUCUAUUGUACCCCGCCGCGCCGCCAGACGCCGACAUAAUUUUAGGCGUUGCCGCUGUCGAUAAAUAAAAUUCCCUAUACAUUCAAUAUUGAGACUCCGCGUCGCGCCGCCGCGCCAAAAAGUCACGAAAAAAAUUGGCACCGCUUCCGCCGCCGCGGAAAAAUUGGUCGGCGUUGGCCUCUGUCUUUGAAGCCUUUUUCUCAUCUUGUGUACAUCUGUACUGCUAGAUUCAAGAAUCGGAACCAGCUGUGCUAGUGAUAGAAAAAAACCCGCCAGUCCUGGUACUCGGAGAAAAUACCCGACUAUUCACGCUUGCUCAACCCAACAAAAAUGACUAAUUUAGAACGGGCCAGAGAAUAUGACCUCGUCCAAGGACUCAUAAGGGACAUGAGAAGGAUGUCGAUUAUCGUGGAAGAGCUUACCGUAAUCUUGGAUGCCCAUACCACCGCUCGCAAGCAUGCACCGGAGCGAUUGCCGAACGACAAGCAUACCUUUCGUGGCUCACUGUCCCUGUACACCACCCCUUCAACAGACCUGCCAAACAGUCAAGUAGGUGGAACCUGCUAUGCUAACGCGAUUGCUGCCGUAAUCCAUCUCGCGGCGGGCAGGAUUUGCGGGAGAAGCGGCAAUUACCCCGAUUUUCGUGCCUUGUUAAAGCAGAUCAUCGAUGAGUUCAAGUCCGAUGGGGCAAGCGUAGACGUGGUGCUCCCAAAAUAUGCUGCACAAUACCGGCUACAUAGUGGAGCUCUAUCUGGUGAGGCAGAAGCCCGGACUGCCAUCGCGCAAGGGAGAGCCCUCGUAGCAACAUUUUUUCUUACUGGAAUGAAGAAAGACAAGGAAGUUGAGGGAGAUCAAUGGUACAAUUUUAAACAAUUCUUUACAAAGAAUCGUCGCGGGGUAUUGAAAUCGGGGGAUAUUGGGUAUGCCAAAAGUAGUGAGAAAACUGGGCAUGCCGUUGUUCUCGUGGAAUGUUAUCGGGAUCACCUUGUUUUCAUGAAUUCGUGGGGGAAAGACUUUGCGGAUGGGGGGUUCUUCCGGGUUGAGAAUGCGGACGUCCUUGGGGUCAAAUUUUAUGAUGUUUGGUUCCUCGAAUCAGAUUUGACACUGGGGGAAAAGAAUGAAUAUGAGCACAAGUGCAUGCGUGAGAUACCCUGGCAUUUGAUUAACGACGCGUUACCCCUUUUAUCGAGCUUACUGGAUAUAGAUUCACUGUAAAAUCUUUAAUAAAGGACGUCUACAUAGCAAUCAGUAUUAUUGCCUG